UACGGCAGCGUUUGACAGGCGGGCGCGGAAUUUGUAAACAAAGUUAACAUUCGUAUUAAAUAGUCGAAGACAGUACGAAUAGAGUUGUUGUCGGUGUGCGUUUAAUUGGUUAGCAUUUCGUUUAUUUUACAGACAGACGUGUUGACAAGUUCAACAAAAGCUGACAAAGUUAACUCUACAAAGACUCUUUGAAGUUUUCCAUACCAGUUCUCGCUAGCGCUUUUAGCUAACAUGCUAACACAGUGGACAAACAGCAGCGGUACUGUGUGGGGAACAGGCUGCUUUUUUUGAGUAGAGGCCAGGCAUGCAAGUAUUGAGCCGCCUCGCUAAAUAUCUGCUUCGACUGGAACGACAGAGACCAGGCGUCCAGCUGAGGUGUUCCACGGCUACAAACGACAUGAACCGGAGAAGGGGUCAAAUCAAGCGGGUGCUCUGUGUAGCCGAGAAGAAUGACGCAGCUAAAGGCAUCUCUGAAAUUAUGUCCAAUGGAAGAUCCAGGAGGAGGGAAGGACUGUCCAAGUUUAACAAGAUCUACGAGUAUGAAUAUAAUCUUUUUGGUCAGAAUGUGACCGUAACAAUGACAUCAGUCUCAGGCCAUUUACUGGGUUUCGAAUUUACAGCUCCAUUCCAGAAAUGGCACAGCUGCAAUCCCGUGCUCUUGUUUGAUGCUGAGGUAGAGAAGUACUGUCCAGAAGGCAUGGUACAAAUUAAGCGUACGCUAGAGAAAGAGGUGAGGCAUUGCGAGGCCUUGGUUAUCUGGACUGACUGUGACAGAGAGGGAGAGAAUAUUGGCUUUGAAAUUAUCAAUGUCUGUAAAACAGUGAAGCCAAAUAUACAAUUGUUCCGGGCAAAGUUUUCUGAAAUCACACCCAAUUCCAUUCGAAGAGCUUGUGAGACGCUGUCCGAGCCAGACGUUAACGUCAGUGAUGCUGUUGAUGUUCGCCAGGAGCUUGAUCUGCGGAUAGGUGCAUCCUUCACCCGGUUCCAGACUCUUCGCCUGCAAAAGAUCUUUCCACAGUCUCUGGCCAAUCAGCUCAUCUCUUAUGGCAGCUGUCAGUUUCCUACGCUGGGCUUCGUGGUGGAACGUUUCAAGGCCAUCCAGGCUUUCAUUCCCGAGAUUUUCUACAAGAUUAAAGUGCUGCACGAGGUGGAGGAGGACACUGUGGAGUUUGGAUGGAAAAGGAAUCGUCUUUUCAACCACACGGCUUGCUUGGUGCUCUACCAGAUCUGUAUGGAGGAUCCCAUAGCAACAGUCACCUCAGUAACAAGUAAGCCCAAGAGCAAAUGGAGACCGCUGCCUUUGGACACCGUGGAACUGGAAAAACUUGCAUCUCGUAAGUUGAGAAUAAGUGCUAAGGAGACCAUGAAAAUAGCAGAAAAACUUUACACACAAGGCUACAUCAGCUACCCUCGUACGGAAACAAACAUCUUCCCAGCAUCCCUCGCUCUAGCCCCGCUGGUGGAGCAGCACUUACCGAGCCCCGACUGGGGCCUAUUCGCCCAGAGGGUGCUUGACCAACCUGGGGGUCCUAACCCACGACAGGGCAAAAAUUCUGACCAAGCCCAUCCCCCUAUACACCCGACUAAAUACACAAGCACACUGCAGGGCAAUGAAGGACGUGUGUACGAGUUCAUCGUACGCCACUUCCUGGCUUGUGUAUCACAGGACGCUUUGGGGCAGGAGACCGUUGUGGACAUUGACAUUGCUCAGGAGAAGUUUUCCGCAUCGGGGCUCAUGAUCAUUGCAAGGAAUUACCUCAAUGUUUAUCCCUAUGACAGGUGGAGCGCUAAGGUGAUUCCAGUUUAUGAACAAGGCACCCAGUUCCAGCCCUCGGCUAUAGAGAUGGUGGAUGGUGAGACGAGUCCUCCACAGCUGCUCACGGAAGCAGACCUCAUAUCGCUGAUGGAGAAGCAUGGCAUUGGCACAGACGCAACACAUGCUGAGCACAUAGAAACCAUUAAGAGUCGCAUGUACGUGGGCCUAACACCUGACCAGAGGUUUCUCCCUGGGGAGCUUGGCAUGGGACUGGUGGAGGGUUACAACGCCAUGGGCUAUGAAAUGUCGAAACCCCACCUGCGAGCUGAAUUGGAGGCGGACCUCAAGCUGGUGUCGGAGGGCAGGAAGGACAAAUGGAGCGUGUUACAACACCACAUUCAAAAAUACAAAACUGUCUUCAUUGAGUCCGUCAGGAAGGCUAAGAAGUUAGAUGAAGCACUGUCGCCAUAUUUGGGGCCAGCUCUGGAGAUCCCUGAAGCUGAGCAGCAAGACAUGGAGAUCCCACUUCCUGUCAGAAAGUGCCCACACUGUGGACGGGACAUGGUGCUGAAGAAGAAGCGGGAAGGAAACAGUAAGUACCUGUCCUGUCUGGGCUUCCCAGCCUGCAAAACAGCUGUAUGGUUUCCUGACACCGUACUGGAGGUCAGCAGAGAUGACAGCAUUUGUUCCACAUGUCAGCCGAGACCCGUUCACAUGUUAAAGUUCAAGUUCCGCCGGGGCAGCCUACCCGCCAUGAUGCCUUUAGAGUUCGUUGGCUGCAUCGGUGGAUGUGAUGAAACUCUCAGAGAAGUGCUGGACUUAAAGUACCUAAUGUUAGGAGGAGGCAGAGGAGGAGGAGAAGAACCCCGCUCAAGUACCACAAGAUCAGCACCAAGAUCAAACCCUCGACCUUCCGCUCCGCUUUCUGUCCUCUCAUGGCCCCCGCAGCCUCGCCCACCACCAGGCGGCAGUAGUAUCAGCGCUGAAAACAACAGUGAUGUCAUUGUGUGUAACUGCGGUCAGGAUGCAAUCCUGCUGACUGUGCGCAAAGAUGGUCCCAACCAAGGUCGCCAGUUCUACAAGUGCAAUUCAGGAACUUGUAAUUUCUUCCUUUGGGCAGAUCAGCCAAGCCAGCAGGGGGCUCAGCAGGGUCGAGGGCCUGCGCCGCCGCCUCAGUCAAGGAUCUCAGAGCUUCCGCGGCCAUCUCUGGGGUUCAGGAACACGGCGGAAGGAGAUGGCGGCCGGCCUGAAGGGGGCUCCUUAGGAGGCAUAGUGUGUAACUGUAAUGAGGCAGCAGUGACACGCACCGUGCUGAAAGACGGACCGAACAAGGGCCGGAAGUUUCACGCCUGUGGGAAACCCAGAGACCAGCAAUGUAACUUCUUUCAGUGGGCUGAUGAAAACGCCCCACCACAAGGUGCCAUUGCGGUUGGCAGGUUUAACGGAGGGAAGAAGGGAAGGAAGAUAACGGGGGACAAACCCCCCGCUGCCAAGAAACCUCGUUCCUGCGGCAUCUGCCACAUGCCAGGACACACGCGCGUCAGCUGUCCUCAGCGGUGACAGCAGCGACCCCCUACGCCCCCACCCAUCUGUAGGGUCUGGCACCUGUGACACGACUCUUUGCAUCCUUCACAUACAAUUCAACACCUGCAACGGACCUUCGUGUGCCUUAGACAGCUAUUUCGAAAAGGAGGGGUCCACUUUUAAAUCUGUAGUGAGAAGAUUCAUAAGAGUCAACAGCUGUCCUUGGCUCUUGUGAAGCAUCCAUUCAUUGCCUUUCGCUUUAUUCGUCAUCCUGCGAGCAACCACCAGAAGAGCUUCACUACGGUUUCAGAGGAGAUGACUUUCAUUUUUAAAGGAAAAUGCAUUGGCACGCAAACGUAAUCUUCUCAAGAUUCUGACAUUUUCAGCAUAACAUCUUUUAAACCCGACUGCACGGCGGUUGAGUGGUUAGCGCGUAGACCUCACAGCUAGGAGACAAGGGUUCAAUUCCACUUUCGGCCAUCUCUGUGUGUUUGCAUGUUCUCCCCGUGCAUGCGUGGGUUUUCUCCGGGUACUCCGGUUUCCUCCCACAUUCCAAAAACAUGCUAGGUUAAUUGGCGACUCCAAAUUGUCCAUAGGUAUGAAUGUGAGUGUGAAUGGUUGUUUGUCUAUAUGUGCCCUGUGAUUGGCUGGCCACCAGUCCAGGGUGUACCCCGCCUCUUGCCUGAAGACAGCUGGGAUAGGCUCCAGCUCCCCCGCGACCCUUGUGAGGAUAAGCAGUACAAAAUGAAUGAAUGAAUGAGUUCUCCUAUUUUGUGUGGAAGUGGUAACUUUUUGGCUUCUUAUUUUGUCUUUCCCCACCCUUGGUCAUCUCUGUGUGGAGAUUGCAUGUUCUCCCCGUGCAUGCAUGGGUUUUUGCUCCGGGUACUCAAAACAUGCUAGGUUAAUUGGCGACUCCAAAUUGUCCAUAGGUAUGAAUGUGAGUGUGAAUGGUUGUUUGUCUAUAUGUGUCCUGUGAUUGGCUGGCCGCCGGUCCAGGGUGUACCUGUCUUGCCUGAAGACAGCUGGGAUAGGCUCCAGCUCCCCCGUGACCCUUUUGAGGAUAAGCUGUACAAAAUGAAUGAAUGAAUCUUUUAAACAUAUUUUGUAGGAGUAGACUUUAUGGGUUGGGAAAGAGACUUGUAACUAGGAUAUUUAAAAUAUCCAAAUUGAAAUUUUAAUAUGACCAACUGGUAAUAAAUAUGUAUAUGUUAGAGCA